AUGGCAAGCGACACACUUGCGGCCAGUCUGGGAUUCCUGACUGAUGCUGCUCAUCUGCUCUCGGCCACGGCUCCAGAGGCCUCGGCGCAUCUCAUGAGCCGUCGCAAUGCGCUGAUGUUUGAAAACGACCUGCCCUUGCCGGAAAAACAGCGCCAACACGCCUGUGGGUGCUGCGGUCACAUCCUGGUGCCAGGUAAGGGAGACACGCUCAAGCUGGAGGCUGCAAAUGCGGCUCGGAAACAGCAGAAGCCCUCGCCAGGGCAGGGAACCAAAGCGCAACCCCGGAAGCAGCAGCAGGCACCAUCAGUCACGGGGACACACAAAAUCCUGACCUGCUCCCGAUGUGGCCGCUACACAAAGAUGCCUGUUCCAGCAGCGCCUCGCGUCAGCCGGGUCCGGCCCAAGAGGCGCCGUGUCCCCACCGAAGUAGCUGCUCCGGUAUUUCCUCCCCCUCUGCUCAACCCCGAGCCCACCAAGGCCUCGGCGAAUGCAAGCAGCAAGAAACGGGCAAAGAACCGGAAACAGGGCCUCCAAGCCUUGCUUCAGCAGUCGCAGUCAUCAAGCCCCAAGAUGGGGCUUGGCCUGAGCCUGACGGACUUCAUGAAGAAGUCGUAG